GGGCUGAGGCCGGUCGUGUGCCAGGCUCACCGGCUCGCACGAGCUGAUCCAGAGCAAAAGAAGUCAGAGACGCGCGUGCCGCUCCAAACUGCCGCUCCGGUUGCAGAAACUUUCUCAGACUUCAGAGCAGAACCCGCAGCCAUGGACUCCGUCUACUCCGACAUCGACAGCAACAGCUGCGACUUCUUCCCGCACACCGAUGACGAGGAGUCCCGCGGCAGCCCGCGCUGUGCCUCCCCGCAGCCCGAGCAGCAGCAGAAGAAGCGUCGCCGCGGCCGCGGCCGCAGUGAAGCCACCGUGCAGGUGGUGAAGAAGAACCGGCGCCUGAAGGCCAACGACCGGGAGAGGAACCGCAUGCACAACCUGAACGACGCGCUGGACGCGCUGCGGGGUGUCCUGCCGGCCUUCCCGGACGAGACCAAACUCACCAAAAUCGAGACUCUGCGCUUUGCGCACAACUACAUCUGGGCUCUGUCGGAGACCAUCCGCAUCGCCGACCUGCAGGCGGGGAAGACCGGAGAUGCUCCUCUGCUGCUGAGCCCCCCGUGCCUCGGCGAGGCCCCGAGCCCGGGGAGCGACGCCUGCUCCUGGAGCUCCAGUGGCUCCUCGUCCUCCUCCCCGGCUUACUGCGCGUCCAGCCCGGGAAGCCCCGAUGCGCCGGAGGACUACGGCUACCUGCAGCAGGACGCGUUGUACGCCUUCCGCAGCUUCGUGCCGGGCAUCUACUGAUCCACGGGCCGGCGGAGGAGGCAGCAGCCCCGCGGAGGAAUCCAGAGAGUCCCGCUGGAAUAAGACUGAGAACCACUGUUUGCCUUACAUUUCUCCCCCUCCUCACGCCUUCGCGUAUCACUGGAAAUGAGAGGAACUGAAUUUGCUGUGUGCUUUUUUUUUUGGUUUUGUAAAUGUCUCCAAAAACCUUUGCACUUUCCCCCCCUCAGCCCCCAGUCUGCAGGUUACAGUCUUAGUUUUUUUGUUUUUCACGUCGGAGGUGAAAAGUCAAUUUUACAAUUUGUAGAGCGAUUCUGCAGAAAGGAGAGCGUGGAAAUCGAGUUUCAACGCUCCCACAAUAGACUGAAAGAAGCUGCCCUCAUUCAUUAUGUAUUCUACACACACACACACACACACACAGACACACACCCACACACACACACCCACACACACUUUCUGCUGUGUUUAUUUAUUCGACUCGUUUUGUUUUGUCACAUGAAAUUUGUAUUUUGUACAUAAAGAGAUUUUAUUCUAUUUACUUGGAACUUUGGUGCCAGUUUUCUACUAAAUAAUAA